GUGGUUGAAAUAGAGCUUUAUAUAAGAGUCUGAGCAUAAAAUGCAAGACACAUUUGAAGGUUAAAGGAUACCAUUUAUGCUUAAAUGCAAGUAUAUAGUAUUUUUGCUUAUAUUGUUAAAUGCUUCUGUAAAUAUAUUUUCUGUGCAUUAACUGUAAAUUAUUAAACUAAACUGUAACUAUUAACUGUUUUUAUGUCUUCAAAGCAAACUUUGAUCCAAGGAAUGGAUGACAGAACAUUCAACUUCUCUCAUAAGGAACUCUACUUGAUUGGAUUCACGGAUCUCCAAGAGUAUCGGCGAUACCUUUUCAUUCCUUUUCUCACAAUCUUUGCUUUCACGUUGUUUGCAAACUCCAUUAUAAUUCUGGUGAUUGUAAAAGAAAGCAAGUUACAUGCACCCAUGUACAUUCUGAUCGGGUUAAUUGCAACUCUCGGCUUUAUACAGCCAAUAUUUCUUGUUCCAAGAAUGUUAAUCAGUUUUCUGUUUGGCAGAAAUAUGAUUUACAAAGAUGAAUGUCUUGUUCAAAUGUUUUGUCUGCAUAUGGCAGGUUGUUUCCAGUCGUCAAUUUUGUUUUUGAUGGCAGUCGACAGAUUUUUUGCCAUUAUUUUUCCCUUACAGUACCAUGACUAUGUAAACGUUAAAACAUCAUUAAUAAUCUGUUUGUCCUUUUUUUUCCGUAACUUGCUUUGUGUUGUUUCGAUGGUCGGCCUGAUUGGGCCACUAUAUUUUUGUAAAUCAAAUAUGAUUUAUCAUUGUGUUUGUGAGCAUACAUCAGUUGUUAAUUUAGCCUGUGGUGAUGUGAGUAAGAACCAUAUAGCUGGAACAAUCGCUUUCAUCAUGGUAUCAUGUGAUUGUGCAUUUGUAAUCUGCUCUUACGUUGUUAUUUUUGUCAUUAUAAUUCGCUCUCCUUCUGGUGAGUCACGCCAAAAAGCUAUCUUGACAUGUAGCACACAUUUAAUGGUAUUAGCGGUGGCAUUUUUCUGUGUUGUUGUUGCAUUUGUUGGGUACAGGGUGCCUACCAUACCUAGAGAUAUCCGUGUGUUAAGUACCUUGUCAUAUCAUCUUAUUCCGAACUGCUUUAACCCAGUAAUCUAUGGAAUAAGAACAAAGGAAAUCAGAGUUCAGAUUGUUAAAUUAUUAUCUUCUAAUAAGGUUGAAUCAUAUUAAUUUUCUCUCUUUCGUUUUACUUUAAUGGCUCAUUGUACAUGAAGGAACAUUUCUGUUAGUACAUGUAUAUCAUGUAUGGAAACCCUAGGGCCACCUUUGGCACCAUUCAGCAUGAUGAAUCAAUCUUCAAGCAAAAGGAAGAGGAUGAAUAUUUGGAUUCUACCGGACCUGAUCUGAAUUCUGACUUGUGAUGCAGCCUCAAUCAUAAUGACACCAUGGUCGUUCAUUGGCCAACGAGGAGAACUGAAGGUUUUUUCUCCAUUCUGUCACUUGGUGGAGUUUGGGAUCCUUGCCAAUGUCACCUCUGCCUUGUUUAAUUAGAGACACUUAAAAUUCAGCAAUAUCAUUGUUUUGACUGCUGUUGUAUGAGUACUGAACUGAGCUGGAUGAUAUAAAUUAAGGUGACUUGACUUGAAACAUUUGCUGUAGUUCUAGAAUGAUAAUAAACAUCACAUUUUAAAUAUCAAGUAAAGUCUUUUGGAAUAGAUUUUAAAUGCAUUCUAACAUCACAUCUUAAGAAAUUAAGAGGAAAACUGUACUGCCUUUUUAACCACUAUUAAUUUUGCAAUGUGAAAUUAAAGUAAAUUUAAAUAGGUUUAAAUACAUUCACUAUGUAAUUAUCUGUCAAAGUGAAAAUUUGGGUCAUGGCUCACUGUCCUUUCCCAAUCCCAUUGCUUUCUGUCACCUCUGUGUAUACGUUAGGCACUUUAUUAACAUUUCUUAAAUAUUUUCUCCAUUUUCUUUAAAAUUUAAUGCCUCUUUGAACUGAUAAGCAAUGGGUACUAUAGGGAGAAAAAUGGGAGACUGGAACUCAGUCACAAUAAAAGCUAAACUUGCUGUCUGGCCCAACCAGAUAUUAGUGCUAAACAGAUUUAAUAUAAAAAGUUUUGGUAACACUUUACUUAAAGCCAUUAUACUGUAUAAAAUGCAUUAUAAAAGUAUUUUUAAUACAUUAAUUAAGCUUUGUAAUACACCUUAUAAUGCAUUGUAUGAC